UGUCUAUAGUCAUUAUAACUAAGAUAUUCAAACUCUCUAGCGGUUAUAGAGUAGACAACGAAAACAGCAGUCAGUUCAACAACUAUAUCAUGUUACUAAACUAAUUUUAAUUUGAACAAACAGUAUUGCAUGUUGGCAUGGAUAAUUCAUUGGAUGUAGAAUUCUAAUUUUAAGGUAGGGCUUUUUAUAAAAAAAAAAAAUCUGAUUCUAUCAAGCUUUAGCGAAUCUGGCUUAUUCUAGAUGGUUGUAAGCAGAACUUUACAAACAGAAAUGAUGAAUAAUUCUAGCUGCAUUUUUGAUAAUCUAACUGACGAAAGCCAUAACAACUUUACAUUACCGCCAUUUAACAUAGGUAUAUCCGUAUCAUUGGUGACUUGCUAUGGAAUCAUUUGUGCGUGUGGACUCUUCGGAAAUGCACUUGUUAUAUACGUCAUUCUGCGUUCAUCCAAUAUGAAAACUGUUACUAACAUGUACAUUGUCAACUUAGCUAUAUCUGAUUUUAUAUUUCUAAUUAGCAUGCCGUUGCUAAUGACGACAACAUGGUUGCGAUUCUGGCUUUUUGGACCAGCAAUGUGCAAGGUAUACAACAUAAUGUAUUCUAUAAACUUAUUCACGGGUAUUUUCACACUGACCGCCUUAAGUGCCGAUAGAUACCUAGCAGUUUGUCACGCCGUUGCCUCACAAAGAUUCAGAACACCAAUGAAUUCGAUGCUUGCAAUUUUAGGAAUCUGGGCAAUAUCUGUUUUAGUUAUGUUACCCAUCAUUUUGUAUGCCAACACAGUUCCUAGCUUUUUGUACAAGGAUAAACUGACAUGCACUAUUUCUUGGCCAAAAAAUCAGAUAGUUCCACCGGAGAAAGCUUAUACUUGGUAUACAUUUAUGCUUGGAUUUGCAGUACCUGUAUCUUUGGUUUCAAUAUUUUACAUCCUUGUUAUAAUUAGAAUACAAAAUCUUGGCCCUGCAAAUCAGCAAAAAUCAUCAGAACGAAGAAAAAAGUCUAAAAAAGUGACAAAGAUGGUACUUACUGUUAUUUCUGUGUAUGUUAUUUGCUGGUUGCCUUACUGGAUAUUUCAGGUACAUUUAACUCUAAAACAAGGUCCAGACAAACUAGCACACUGGAAAAUUCUACUUUUCAAUCUAAUGACAGUAAUGACCUUUGCAAACAGCAUGCUGAACCCUAUUCUGUAUGCUUUUCUAAGCGAGCACUUCCGGAAAGGUUUCAGGGAAGCCUUUAAAUGCCAGAUUAAUGCGAGCGGAGCGAACAAGUCAAUGAUUGAGGAGCAAAGUAAUUUUGAUAGAAUAAAAGCUAAGGCUAGAAUUAAAGAAACGAACUUAGAAAUGAAUCCGAAAACUGGAAGUUUAAGUCACAGGGUGUUGACGGAAACAACAAAUGACGUAAGCGGUAAUGGUGUAACGCCUGAAAGCCCCGUCAACCAUUUAAUGAACAACGAAACACAUGUUUACGAUGGAACUGAGUACGAAGUAAAGGGAAAUAACUCGUCAGAUGAAAACUCUGUGUUGAUAAAUCAAAGUGUAGAAACAACAGAUUUCAAAAAGACGUUAAUAGCUGAGGACGAAAGUGACGACAAAAACUCUGUUACGUAUAUAGAUAAGGAAAGUCAAACCAAAUUACAUUAAAGUUCUAACACAUAAACUAUUUAAGUCAGACUCCAUUACAAUAAUGUUCUUUUCUUCUCCUAAACUAACAUUGUAAUUAGUGGGUUUAUCGUAAAAGUGGGACUAAAAUUUAAUUAAACUUUGAUAUACGACGUUACAUUGGCAGUAUCAUUCACCAGUGGUAUAGAAAGGGAUAAGUCGGUUAAUCUUUAUAAAGAUUAUCCCAAAACGACGUCUCAUAUAGCAGUGUAAUUCUACAGUAAUUGUUCUUAUAUGUUCGUUCUUAGACAAAAUGUAAUUAUCACAACAUGUUUUACUCUGAUGAGAACACUCUAUUUGUUUUAACCUUAAACUAAUUCUAAACGCAGUAGAACGCAUGCUAUUUUAUGAAGACAUUUUUUUAAAUUUAUAAUUAUAUUAAAAUUGAAAAAUUGAUAUAAGAAAAAUGUCGGAUAGAGGUAAAACAACAAGGUGAAUGGAGAAGGGGGAAUGUUCUAUUGCUAUCAAAUUACUCUUAUUUAGAUUAUAUCUAUAAUAUGCAAAGUAAAAGUUCAAAACAUUUGCUUAUUUGUUUUAUUCACAAUAAAUUCGAGAUCAAUAAAAAAUUGGAAAUCUUAUUUUAAUCGAAAAUCUUGAAUGAAACGAAAUUUAAAAAAGAAAUCUAUCCCAGUGAAUACAAUUACAAAAUGUUCCUACGUCGUUAGUAUUUUAUUCUUUAUUUUGUGUACAUCUAUGUAAUCGUAAUUCGUUAUCAAGCAGUGAUAUACCAAUAAACAUGUAUUUUUUUUUCUUAUUUUGUUUUUCCACGUUGAUAGCAAGCCUCCCAUAAGCUUUUCAUGUUCAAAUUAAUCAUAUAUCAAAUACGUACUCGCAGUAGUGAUUUUCUUGACAAAAUAAAUAACAGUCCCUCAUGGAUUUAACGUAAUAUUAUUGUUGGCAAAAG